AUGUCGGGCAAAGAAAAACACGAGUCUAGGUCAUGGCUCAACGUCCUGAUCGUCAUUUUUGUGACACUUGGAUCCUUCUCCUAUGGUUAUUCAGCAUCUAUCAUUGCGUCCACACUCGGCCAACCGCGUUUCCUCGAGUACUUUGGACUUGUGGUCUCAAAGAAUCCCAAUGCCAAUGCACUACUCGGGGCCACAAACGGCCUUUUUCAGACCGGAGGAGUCUUCGGAGCUCUACUGGUCGGUCCUCUUGCUGACCGAUUUUCACGACGUGGAGCCAUCGUCAUUGCGUCUUCAAUCCUCUGCAUUGGCGGCGCUCUCCAAGCAGCUAGUCAGAACAUUAGCAUGUUUCUUGUCGUUCGCACUUUUACGGGGAUCGGGGUCGGCUUGAUUGUUGGUGCUGCUCCAUUAUAUCAGAGUGAGGUCUCUCCACCAGGGUCUCGGGGCUUACUAGUCGGAUUGCAUGGUGUUCUCAUUGGCACUGGCUACGCUAUAGCCGGGUGGGUGGGCUAUGCAUGCUAUCCGCUGGAGGGAGACAUUCAGUGGAGACUCCCACUUGCGCUGCAAGUUGUGUCACCCGGAAUUCUCGUCCUCGGUACCUAUUUUAUGCCUGAGUCUCCGAGAUGGCUGCUGCAGAAGGCUCGUGGCCAGGAGGCACUUGCAGUCUUGCGCCAAAUCCAUCACGAUGCGAAAGAUCCUGAGGGCCAUUUUGCCGAGCGGGAAUAUCACGUCAUGAGGGAGCAGUUCCAAUUGGAACACAACACAGAUACCUCAGCUUUCUGGGAACUCUUGUCCAAGCGGCAUAACUUGAAGAAGGUAGCUCUCGGAUUCCUGGUCAUGUUUGGCGCCCAAAGCACGGGUACUUUGGUCAUCAACAAUUACGGUGUGACUCUGUAUUCCAAUAUUGGUUACACCGGCCGUACUGCCAUUGCCUUAACGGCAGGUUGGGUGACUGUUUCAAUUGCUGGCAAUGCGUUUACAUCUCUAUUUGUAGAUAAGAUUGGCCGGGUUCGUCUGUUGAUCAUUGGAUUUACUGGCAUUGUCUGUGUCCUUAUUGGCGAGAUGAUUUGCCUUGCUCUUCUCGAAACUCGCCAAAGCUUUGGUCUAUCUGUGGCGGCCAUCUUUUUCCUCUUCGGCCACAUCGUCUUUUUCUCGUCUUGCAUUGACGCCACGACUUAUAUCUACGCGUCGGAGAUUUUCCCAACUCAUCUUCGCGCCAGUGGUCUCAGCUUGUCGCUCACAGGUCUUUUCCUUGCGAGUCUGACCUUUACCCAGGCCGCCACGUCAGCACUCGCUGCUAUUCAUUGGAAGUACUACAUCGUCUUCACAGUGCUGUCCGCAUUGAUGGUAGGCAUAUUCUACUUCUACUUUCCGGAGACCAAAGGCCUUGCUCUCGAAGAGGUCUCAAAGUUGUUCGGAGAUCCCGUUGCUGUGGAAAUCUCAAAUAUGACAGAGGAGGAGGGACAUGCGAUUGAAAAACUCGUGAGAAGCCUCAGUGGGUCCCAGGCAGCCGGAGGAACCGGGAGAGAUGUCAUCGCUGCCGCAGUUGAGAACCGCGACGAGCCCGCAGAGAAACACAAUGUCGUCUCCAGCCAUAAGGAGACGGUGUGA